CAAGUCCGAGGCGGGACCGGGGGUCCACUUAAACCGCCAUCCCCGCUGGUACUUGUAGUGCGCCUCCCUUCCGCGUGUCCCGUGUUGACAUGCGUAAAGAACUACACUUCCCCAAAGCUGUCACGGGGCGCUCGCGCCUCCCAUUGGCUGCUCGCUCCAGCCGCAGCCCCAGAGAAUGAAUGAAAUUGGAAUAGCAGCUACAUUACAUGUACAAUACCGAGCUCUGCGGUGUUGCAUUCUAUCAUACUAUAUCAAAAUGGCCACAGCGGUGCAGAACCCCCUCAAAUCGCAAUCUGGAGGAGCAGUCAUCAAGAACAGUCUUGGUGAGGAGUUCUAUAAGGAGGCCAUCGAACACUGUCGCAGCUACAAUGCCCGCCUGUGCGCCGAGCGCUCCAUGCGCCUCCCCUUCCUGGACUCCCAGACCGGCGUGGCCCAGAGCAACUGCUACAUCUGGAUGGAGAAGAACCACCGCGGACCAGGUCACGCUCCGGGUCAGUUGUACACGUAUCCCGCCCGCUGCUGGCGCAAGAAGAGACGGCUAAACAUCCUGGAGGAUCCGCGGCUCGUACCGAUCGAGUUCAAGAUCGACUACGAGGCGUCCCUGAAGAAGGAGGGCGGCAUCCCGGACGGCCCCGUUCUGGAGUCGCUGCUCGCCGGGGAAACCCUGGACAAGAAGGUAGAAACCAAGGAAGAAGAGCCCAUGAGCGAGUGUCAGAAGCUGCUGGUCGGGGAUUUCCCUCACGAGCUGGAGGUGGACGAGAUCGAGGAGGACGUCCCGAAACGCAAGAACCGCACCAAAGCACGGACAUUCGCCAAGAAAGCGGCGGACGGCUCGGUGAUCGCCAACGGCUACUGCGACUUCUGCCUCGGGGGCUCCAAGAAGACCGGCUGUCCCGAGGACCUGAUCUCCUGUGCGGACUGCGGGCGCUCAGGCCACCCGUCCUGUCUGCAGUUCACAGUGAACAUGACGGCUGCGGUGAGGACUUAUCGCUGGCAGUGCAUCGAGUGCAAGUCCUGCAGCCUGUGCGGCACCUCUGAGAACGACGACCAGCUGCUGUUCUGUGACGACUGUGACCGAGGCUACCACAUGUACUGUCUGAGCCCCCCCAUGUCCGAACCGCCAGAGGGGAGCUGGAGUUGUCAUCUGUGUCUGAGACACUUGAAGGAGAAGGCCUCAGCCUACAUCACCCUCACUUAAUCCGCGGAGCAGCGCCUCAUCCUCUCGGCCCUCCACCCUUCCUUCGUUCCUCAGCUGAACCCCCCC